AUGGAGGCGCUCAAGAAGCAGGCCAGCAAGCUGCGGGAGCACGUCGCCAAGCAGCAGCAGGCGGUUCGCAAGACGUUCAGCGCACGCCAUAAUCAAGACACUUCGCUUGUCGAUGAAGCUGAACUUGAGUGCCACCAGAAUCUCCAGAAGCUUUAUAAUACCACAAGAGCAGCUAAACAUUUCCAACGAACCAUUGUACGAGGACUGGAGGGUUUUGUUGCUGUUAGCACCAAACAGAUGGAGAUAGUGAAAAAGCUAGCUGAGGAUUGUUGCAAAUAUGGAAACAACAAUCAAAAUGUUGGUUUUGUUCUUGGAAAGGCUUCGGUUGAGUUUGGUAAAUCCCACAACCAAAUGGAGAUAGAGCGGGAGAAACUUCUUAGAGUUCUUGGAGAGCAGGUUUUUGAGCCUCUUCGAGAAAUGAUAAUGAGUGCUCCUCUUGAAGAUGCUCGCUUGUUAACUUACCGCUAUCAACGGAUCAGACAAGAUAUGGAGUCUCAGAUAGCUGAUGUGGUUAGAAGGCAACUGAAGUCCAAGGAGAGUAGUGGUAAUACAGAUUCGGUGAAACUGCAACAUGCAGAGUCAAAAUUAUCAGAGCUCCGAACUACGCUGGCAGCAUUAGGAAAGGAAGCAACGGCAGCUAUGGAGGCUGUAGAGGCUCAGCAGCAACAGAUUACCUUCGAUCGUCUUCUUGCAAUGGUUGAUGCCGAGAGAACUUACCAUCAGAACGUUGCUGAUAUUCUGAACAAACUUCAUGAUGAGAUGCUCAAUGCAAGACCCCAUGAAGAGUCAGACAACAACGAUGAUGUGCCAUCAUCAGAUCCAUCAUCGGAGCCUAAAGUAUCAUCACCUAAAGUAUCACCCACACAUGUGCACUCAAAUAGCAUAUCAGAAGAUCCAGCAUUAACUGAAACUAGCGAACCUACAAGGAAUGGUCAGGAAGUGCAUUAUGUUGGGGAGGUAAUCCAUCCGUUUGAUGGUCAGGCUGAUGGUGAGCUCAGUAUCUCCGUGGGCGAUUUCGUUGUGGUCCGCCAGGUGUCUCCAAACGGGUGGUCGGAAGGGGAGUGCAAAGGAAAGGCAGGCUGGUUCCCAUCUGCGUACGUAGAGGAGAGGGACAAGGCCCCGGCAAGCAAGGUGAUAGAGCCUGGACGUCUGACUGCGUGA